GCAUCAAGUGAUGAUGGCCAGAUCUAGGAACAACCAUCAGACUCGGCUAGUUUGAGCCACAUAUUUUAGGGCUUGUUUGCAGGGAGCUUUAUGAUAUCCUGGGUCCGGCAGUAAUGUCUUGCACAUGCCCUAAACUUGCCAACUCCGUUCACUCACAAACCACCAAACUGUCUUUACCAGCAAGCGACACUUCAUCCGAAUAAAGGGAGUCUGCAAAGUUAAUUUCAUCAUUUUGUCAUUCUUAUGUGGUUUGCAGAACAUGGUGCUACGAUCAUCCCAAGCCACGGAAAUGCACUUGCUGGAAGAUGAAUUGAUGGCUUAUCCGAAACAGAUAUUGCCACCACCCUUGAUAUUCCCUACCAUUACCCAAAUCACAUGGCUCUGCACCAUCACCAGGUGGCUCACAUUAUUGCAGUGUCUGCUGAUGCACUUUAUUUAAAGGACCCCCAUAGUCCAUUAUCUUCAACUCACCACAACUUUGACAUUUCAAAGCUCUCAAACUAGAAGAACGAUUUUCCAUUUCUUCUUCCUCAUUCCAGCCCAGAGAAAAUGAUCAGCACAAAGAAACUGCUCAAGAUUGCAAGAAAAUGGAGGAGAGUAGCUGCCAUGAGUAGGAAGAGAAUCCCAUUUCCAAAAGUUGGUGGACACAAGGAACUGCAGCUCGCCGAUAGAGGCCACUGUGCUGUCUACACGGUCGACCAAAAGCGGUUCGUGUUUCCCAUAGGGUACCUGAACAGUUGUGUCAUUCAGGAGCUGUUCAGAUUAUCCAGGGAAGAGUUCGGACUGCCAAGGGACGGACCCAUCACCUUGCCAUGUGACGCGGCGUUCAUGGAUUACAUAAUUUCAAUGAUCCAGCGGCAUACUAGUGCAGAAAUCGAGAAAGCUCUCAUCCUGUCUAUCGCAACCAACACAUGCUCAUCAUCUUACUCUCUCCAGCAGAGUCAGACCGUGCAACAAUUGCUAGUCUGUAGCCAUUGAUGCUUUGUGUACUCUUCUCUUCUCUUGAGGCCUUAGAAUGUACAUAAUGAGAAAAUUGCAGCAAAAAUGGCAGUUCCUAAUUCGUAUUCCAACAGAGUCUAUUCAAAACAUAUGUUUAACUCCUAGCAGCAUUA